GCGCUGGAUGCGGGCCGUGACUCAGCAGCGGCGGCGGCGGGGCUUCCCCCUGCGCGCCCGGGCGGCCGCGGGCCCCGGCGCGGGGGCGGAGCGCCCCCUCCGCGCGGCGCCGCAUGGCAGCCGGCGCGGCGCUGCGGGGGCGGGGGGAUAAGGAGGAGGAGGAAGGGGCGCCGGAGCCCGCUGGCGGCCGGGCUGCCCGGGUGCGCGGCGGGGCCCGGCCGGGCGGCGGUGACAUCACGCGGCGGAGCUGCGGCAGAGGCAGGCGGAAAAUGGCCGCGGCGAGGUACGCGGGGGCGCCGCUUGCCGCCCGCGGGGCCGCCCGCAGCUCCGCUGCUGCCGCCCGGCCCGGCGCGGCCGCGGCUGCCGGAGCGGCCGCUCGCAAUGUUUUUCAGGGAACUUAUCAUAAGUCUUAAUAACGAUAAACAGAGAAGAGAAAAGGAAUGAAGAGACAAGGUUAAAACAAAACCGUUGGCUCUCAGCUGAGAUUUGACCUCAGAAGGAGAAUCCAGGAGGUGGAGAGAUAUAGGAAGCUAUUUCAGAGAAGAGGAAGUGAAAGAAGGUAGUGUCUGUGUGACAAGAGAACCAUUUAACAAUGAAAAAAUUCACUCUCUUUGAUUUUGUAAAUGAUAAUUCACUGCAAAUUGGAGAGACUUCUUGGAUACAGGAUCUUCCCAGUGAUGACAAUGAACUAGAAACACUCCUGAAACCAAAUAAGCAUGUGCUAGUAAACUGGCCUGUGGGAGAAAGAAAGACAGAAAAGCACCUAGUGAAAGUUGUGUGCAUGAGUGAUGACCCCCAAGAGCUGGUGGAAAUGAUGCAAAAGAUAUUGCAGGCAGAUGAAAUUACAAAAAUACAAGUCCUUGGAAAAGGCAAGAGGAAGAGGAUAGAAAUGAUAUUCUCAGAAAGUGAAGACAGUGACCUGGAUAAAGAACAGGGGAAAAUGAUGAAGCGUAUAAAAAGGAAGAAAUCAUUACAGGCAUCUGCCCCUGCCAACAUCCUGAGUCAACUUGAAACAUCUUUAAUUAACAAACAGAGAGAACCAUAUUCAGGAAACAACUUUUUGUACAGUGAAAGUAGCAGUGAUGAUGAAGAGCCUUUAUUUCAACUCUCCAAGGUGGAACUGUGUGCCAAAAUAAAAAGUCUCAAGAGGAAGCUGACAGACACUAUGAGGGAAAACUGCCGCCUGAGGCAGUCCCUGGUGAUGCUUCAAGUGUUGCCACAGGCAGUCACCCAUUUUGAGGAACUGGUAGGGAUGGCUGAAGCACUGCUCAAAGGGGGAGUGACAACAUCUGCAUCCAGCCUUCAUUCGCAUGCUGUUUGGAGAGCAUCUAACAAUUCUUUAGCAGAUUCCUAUGCAGCUAUGCAUAGUAACUCCAGCUCACCCAUAACUUUCAAUGUGGAAGAUGAAGAGCAACAGAUUGAAAAACAGUUCAAGAUCGAAAAGUGGCAGAUUGCACUUUGUAACAAGAGCAAACCUCAAAAGUUUAUAAAUGACUUGAUGCAAGCACUUUAUACACAUGAAUACAUGGCUACGCACAGCCUGACAGGUGCAAAGUCCUCCUCUUCAAAGGAUAAAGCAGCAAAACCAGCAAUGAAUCAGAAUGAAGUUCAGGAAAUCAUAGGAAUCACAAAGCAGUUGUUUCCAAACACAGAUGAUGCUUUAAUUAGGAGAAUGAUGGGACAAAAACUAAACAAUUGCACCAAGAAGCCGAUUUUAAGCAAAGAUCUUAACUCGGGUGCUUUUCAGAAGCAUAGCUUUUGUGGUUCAACAGCUGCUUCUCAGGGCAUCAUGCCUUUGGCUCUUCCUCCUAGCACACAAGACCAGCAGGAUGAUGAUUCACCAGCUGCUAAUGCACAAAUUCAGCAAAGCCACAGCUGUCUGACUCCCCCAUCUCCCCCCAUCCCACGGCCACAGGAGUGUUUCACAUCUACUUCUUCCAACCUGGAGUCUCAUCCCUUGAGAAGCUCACCAGCGCCUUCUCCCAACCAGGGCUGCAGAAGGGAUCUCAGGAAUUCAGACAAGGAAUAACAGAAGGUAUUUGAUAGCAGUUCAAGCUCCCUAUGGAGAUUAAGGAAUAGUAUAAAGUUAAACAGACAGAAAUAAUAUUUAAUGGGCCUGGCAUCAGUGGACAAAGAUACCGCAAGCAGAAUAGAAGCCUGGGAACCAUUUUCUCAAAUCCCACAGCAUAGAAAAAAAUGAAGGUAUAUGAAUUUCUUUGGCUUUAAGAUAUUACUAAAUAUUUGCAUGUUAUACUGUAAUUCAAAAAAUAUAAACUUGUUCCGAAGAACACAAGAAGAGUUCCCCUUAGUUAGAUAAACAGCACAUUAUUUACAGUAAUACCAAAAUAAAGUAUAAGAGGAACUUUAAUCCCUUUGCAUUCACUAUGAUAGCUGAUGGAAAAGCACUUUUCAGAUCUGAGAAAGUUAUUGCAUAUUACUACAAAAAAGUUACAGAGGUAUGAAAGUAGGACAGAAAAAUUUCGUAGAGAAAUUAAAGUUGUGACCAGGACAGGGUUAGAAAGCAAGGAACCACAUGACCAGAGAAGGAAAAAAACCCAGAUAUUUAGAGAAGAAAAUACUCUUAGGGCAAUGAAGCUGCAGCUCCCAAGAUGUGUGUAAGAAAGAAACAGUUCAUUUUUAAGCUCUAAAAUUUGAAAAGGCAAGGAAGGAAGCCAUGUUCCUUUUAGCUCAGGGAAAGGUGCUCCAGGAGAACCUGUUUGGGGAGGCCAUGGCUUCUCUCACUGGCCUUUUGCUGCGGGUGCACCAGUUUGGCAGCUCCCACUGUCUCUUCCUUCCUGAACAUUAGUUCCACAGCUUGAGAGUGCCUGGUUCCUUCAAUUGGUAAAUGGAGGACAGUCUUUAGCAACUAGAAAGGACAAAGCGAAUAGAAAAGGAGAAGGAUGCCAGCUCCUGCUCCCUAUGUCUAGAUUUUGGGAUGCUACCUUUUGGCUAGGGAGCGGGUGGGUAGGUGGGGUGGUCCUAAUGGGGUUUGUAUCAGAAAUCCCUCAACAGCGUGGCAGUUCCUCUGGAGACCUGACACCACUUGUCUCAGUAGGGCAACUGGCACACCCUGUAACUGCCUGGAAGGAGGAGGACAGGUACAUUUUUCCCAACUGUUGCUUGUAGAUUUACUUCUGACUGCUUCUAGGUUUGCAGUGUGCUUGUAGGAUGGGAAGUGGAGACCAUAGCUUUCAAGCUUGAGUGUAUUUCCCCUAGAAGAGAGAGUACUAACACCAGUUAAAUAUAUUUUGUACUUGGCAAACAAGCAACUAAUGAAUGAAGAUUUAAAAAAACCAUGAAAAUGAAGCAAUUUAGCUUGAUUUCAGGAGAGACAUAUCUGAAUUAGAAAUAAAUUAGAAGUAGUAUUGAGGUGAAUGACAGAAAAUAAUUCUGAGGACAAGGUUAGCAGCUGGAUACCUCUUGAGAGAGAUGCUGCAAGCCUUAAUUUUAUUAGAACAAUGCACUAAUAAAAUGCACUAGAGAAGACUUUUGCAUGGGCAGGGGUAUGGAUUAAGUGAUCUGUUAGCCUUUUUCAUCUCUCAUGUCUGUAAAUUCCUUGUGGAUAGGAUUAGGAUGAAAGCAGAUACGACAACAUGGCACAAGUUCUAUUUCAUGUUGUUCCCUAUCAUCCAUAAAAUGUAACAGAGGAUGUUUUCCAUUAUGUAUAUUUUGUAUAUGUACCUGUAUGUAUAGCAUAUAUGGAUGUAUAUAGUUAAUCCAUAUUUUUGAAGCAACUUUCUAUCAAAUAAAGUUAAACGUUAUUAUGUCUUAGUUUUA